AUGCAUUAAUUUCCAAAAGACUCCAAAUUAUUAAACUUAAACAAUCACAAUACUGAGUUUGUUUUUAAAUCCAAAGACAAAGAUGAACCCUUUGUAUUUUAUUGGUUUAUAUAAUUAAAUAGAGCUAUACAGCUAAAUGUAGUGGAACCAAUCAACAAUUUGCUGCCUAAGCCAAAUUUAAAUAUAUCACUCCUAGAUUCAGUUUAAUUAAUACUUUUGCUAAUGAUUCAACAUACAGUAUUUUCACCAGUUACAAACUUGAUGAAACUAUUAAACUAUUUGUUAAAUCUCCUAAUGUUGUUGAUAUUCUUCAAUAAUUUAAUGCAGGAUUUAAACUAACACUUGAAAAAUAAUAUUAAUUUUAUUGUGAAUACAACAAAACACAAAAGACAUCUGAUUUUAAUUUCUUUGCUAGAAAAAAAUAUUUAUGGGGUGAUUGGUAAAUGAAAACAAUUCUUGAAAUGUGUUUCAAAAAUAAGUAAUUAUAAUUUACAUAAUUUUGUCAAUUUGCAGAAAACAAAGAUAGAAAAAUCAAAUUUUGUUAGUAAUUAUAUAUAUUUUUAUUAUAUUAGUUAAUAAAAUGAAUCAAGUAUGAUGAUAUAAUCACCAUUUAAAGAAGAUACUCAAUUGGCAUUUAAAAUCAAUAGAACUUAUAAAUUAAAUAAAUACACUACAUCCUUAAAUUUUGGAUUAAGACAUAAGAUUGAUCGAAAACUAUUUCUGAUAACUAAAGUAUUAUAUUGUCUUUAUAAUUAGUUUAAUUAAAAUGGAUUUGGAAUUAUUGGAAUUGCAGGAAAGUAUAAUAGAAUGAAAUACUAAGUUUCAAAUAAGUUAUAAUUCUCAUAAAACACUGAUCAACUAUUCCCAUUGCAAUUUAAAUUUGAAGUCGAAGUUUGAGAAUUUUGUUUACAAAUAUUUAUAAAUAUUCUUAUAAUUGUUAUAUAAAUGUAUAAAUAGAUCAAUGACUUUUUGAUUCAAUAACAAAUAUUCGUAAAUUAAAAGCGAGUCUAUCAUAAUGCUAUAAGAUUGCAUCCAGAAAAUGGUAAAUAUAUCGUAAAUAUAUUUUACAGGUGAAAAUGGACUAAGUAUGUGUCAAAUAAUUGCAAAACCUCCAAUCAUACCUAAUAUUUUGCCAAAUUUUAGAAAAAUUUAUUCAGUUUAGAGUAGAAAUGUUAUUCAAUACAUCGAUUUCAAAGAAUCAGAAUAAAAUUACUAUAUUUUCAUGGAAUAGCUAAAUUAAGGGACUUUAGAUGAUAUUAUGAAUACAUCAAUUAUAAAUGAAGAUAAAGCUAAACAUUAUUUUAGAGAAAUCUUAAAUGGAUUAAAAUGUAAUAUAUAUAAGUUUAUUUAGCUUUGCAUGAAAAUUAGAUUAAUUUUGUAGAUCUUAGUCCAAAAAAUAUUUUUAAAAAAGAUGACUCAAUUAAAAUAGGAUAGAUUAAUAUCUGUUUUGACUAAUUAGCAAAUAUGUAAACUGAAGAAGAUUUCAAAAAUAUUGGAAUUUUAAAAGAAAUAAUUCCACCAGAAAUUCUACAAAAUUAAACUAAAUUUUCUAUGGUCUCUGAUUUAUACACUGCAAGUGUUCUCUAUUUUAAAAUGAUAUAUAAAAGAUUCCCUUUUAAUGGUGCAACAAAAGCAGAAUUAAUUGAAUAAAUCAAAGAAAAUAAUAUAGUAAAUAGAAUAAUCAUAAUAGAAUUUCACUUGUUAAGAAUAAGCAGUUAGUAAGGAGACUAUUGAUUUUCUAUAAUAAACUCUUAAGUAUGAUCCAAAUCAAAGAUUAAAUUGGUCAUAAGUUUACUCUCAUUCUUUAUUGAAAUUGCUUAAUAUUAAGAAUGAUUACAUAGUUUAAUCUACUCUAUUAUCUAUUUCCAUUAAUAAAUUAAUUACAAGAUCAGAUCUUAUAACAAAAACCUUUGAUUGUGAAAAGAAUAGAUAAUUUUAUUAAGAGAUAGAAUAAAAUAAUCAAGAUGUUAUUAAUGAAACUGGAGCAGUUAAAAAAUAUGAUAAUAGUAAAAUUUGAAAUCAUUUAAUUGUAUUUUAGUUUUGAAUGAAGAAUAAGAGUAAUUUUAAAAAUAAAUAUCGUUUGUUAAAGAUCUUUUUAAAACUCAAAGAACUAAUUUAUUAAAGAAAUAAGUAGAUUAUUAUAUUGAAUAAAGGUAUUUAUAAUAAAUUUUAUAAUAGAAAUAUGUAUUCUAGUCUAUCAGAAACACUUAGUUAUGUAAGAUUAUUUGAUGAGGAAUUUUAAUCAUUUACUUUAUCAUUUGUAAUUCUAAAGAUCAUUUUUCUUAUUUCAUAAUCAUUGAUUUUACAAAUAUAUGAAAUUAAAUAAAUAAACAGAUCUGAUCAAUGUUUCACUUUAGAUUUAUAGGAGGAAUAUGAUAAUUUUUAAAAGAAAAUAGAUGAAGAACAUAAAAUUAUAGAUUCACAAUUUUCUAAAAUUUUGAGGCUAUCCUAAUCAAAUCUAGAAAGAGCAAGAAUGAAAGGAAAUGUUGACUAAAGAAUAUCUGAAAUAAUUAAUAAAACAUCAUAGUAUACAUUAUUUGAAAUUUUGAGAGAUUAAACAAAACUUUUUAUUGAAAAAAUACCUUCAUUUAAAGUAAUAGAUUAAAUUAAAUUAGAUAUUAUAAAAUGAUAUCAAAAUGUAAUAUGAGAUUAUAAUUCAAGUCUUAUUUAGUUUAGCUUUAAUAGUCUCAUACUUAUUGAAAUGGAGUCCUACAUAAAUACUUUAAAAACCUCCUAUUGAGUAUUUAGAAGUAAUAAACAAUAAUUUAUAAUUUUAGUUUAUUAGAAAUGAAUCAAUAGAUGGCCUUUAAAAUGAAUGUAAAUCAAAAUAAAAUAGUAUUGAUUAAGCUUUUGAAAAAAUAUCAAAAGGUUAAAUUAGACAAUUUUGA